AGCUACCCUCUUUGUGAAACAGGAUUUUCUAGCAAGGAGGUUUCACUGCAGCUGACCAGCUGACCAGCAUGGCCACCUUCAAAUACAAGACAAUUUAACUUCAACACAAAACCCAGGACAGGGUCGAACCCCUGACUAAGGGCUCCAGGAGUGGUCCACACCAGCAUCUAUCCUAACGGUGUUUGUUUUUCCCUUGUAUAAACCAACCUGUGGUUGCAAAGGAUUUGCCCUUUGCUUCCGUUGCUUUUUUAUGCUCCAAAGAGAAAGCAAUUUUCUGUUCUGCUCAGUAAUACAGCACCCAGCGACUGAGCUCUCACCUCUAAGAUUGCUGUUGUCAAAAGGGAAGAGAGGGAGAAAUCAGGCAGACUGCUGGUUUUGAACUCAGUCUCAGUGUAAAGAGCGUAUGUCACAAGCCAAACGAGGAGGGUUUCCUUUUUGCACCUGGACUUGGGAGAACUCCUUGCUGAAAAGCAAGAUGUGGAUGUGGGAGAGACAUAUGAAAAGAGAGAUGAACUGAAUUUGAUCUGACACAUCAUACAAGGAAGAAUGAUUGUACUUGUGGGUGUGCAGGGGCUGGGUGUAAAUACAUUAGUCCCCACCCUUUUUGUCAGUAGUCACACAACCUUGAACGCUAGAGCCUGGCUGGUUGAGAGAAGGAAUGUCGCUGGGAAAGGAGAACACGGGGUGAGGUGAGCGAGGGCAGAGCCACUGACCAGGAAGAGGCUGUCCCCACCGAGCUGGGAAAGGCACGGAAGCAUGGCCAGAUAGUAACAAAAAAUAAUCCAGAUGGGGUGCAGGUGCUGUAAAAUGAUACAAAGCUAUCUCUUUGAUCCAGUUCAACUGCCCUCCCCUGGCUAUGUCAACGAAGUAAACAGCUGCAAGUUGGAUGAAGAGGACACUGUUAAAUUAAAAGGCAAACAGAGCAGCGAAUUCCUGGUGCAGAAGAAUGACCCCCCGAGGGAGGGCUUGAGGAGGACCGCGAGCAGAGGCAGAGGCACUGGUCCACAGGAGGCCAGCUGGCCACAGCAAGGGUGGCUCCCGCAGGGGGACUUUGCAGAUGGUGCUAUCAAUGGCAUCAGCCCCACUGCUGCUCCGCAGCCCGGUGGGAACCCCAGGCCCACCCAGGAUGGCAAGGGCUCCUGGGCCAGUACUGCCAACAGCAUCCACCCAACUCAACCUUUCCUGGAAGUGGGGAGCACCAGGAACCAGGACCGUGUGCUGCCGGCCUCAGAAGCAACCCAAGUCACACACAGCGGAGACUCCAGAGCUACUUCCAAGGCACAAACUCUUGGCUUAGAAGCACAAGAGCACGUCCCCCAGAUACCAGCCCCAGAUUACCCUCAGCUAUGGGGUCCAGCUGGAGACACUGUUAACCAUGAAGAAAAAGAUUGUCUUUUUGAGAACCACAGUGCAGAUGAGCCCCCGGAGGACUCUCCCCCUGGGGUGGGAGAGUGUGGUUUAAACAUGCCCUUCUCAGUAAAGAGGAGCUGGGAUUCAUUAAACGAGGCUGUGGCCACAGAAGUCCUAAAUGUCUACUUUAAAGAGGAGGGUCCUGCUCAGGCCGUGCCUGUGGGUGACUCAGGAAGCGGGCAGGAGGAUGACCACGGCUCCGACAGGGAUGGGGAGACAGUAGAUGAGGACGCAGCGGUGGCAGAAGCCCUUGCGGCUUUAGAAGCUGCUACCGCGGGAGAAGAUGUGGAUGAGACAGAUUAGAGAAGAGGAUCUGUGCAGGCAAGUAAGCUAGUGUCAUGCUGAGCGUGUGAAGGUUCAUUGGCUCCCACAAAGCGGAGCUGAUAGUUCUGCCAGCAUGCACCCGUGCACCUUACCAGUUGUUUACAUCCAGCAUCUGUUCUAAUUGUCAGUACCUGUUCUAAUUAUCAGUACCGCUUGUUAAGUAUCUGUAACAACGCUCUGUGUAUUUGGGAUGCCAGAAGAAAAAUCUGCAUGGGUUAUCAUGCCCACGUCCACAGCAGAAAUGAAGCAGCCUGCUUGCCAGCCCUCAAAGCUCUCCAGAACACCUGUAAGUCUGUAGAACGCGCUCAGAUCCCAACGCUCCUCCCCCCGCAGAGCGUUCUGCUUGACUAUAAAUUCCUUACCUGGCUUUUGAGAGCCAAUCAUGGUCCCCAGCCUGGAAAAGGUCGCUACCCCACUUAAAGUGCCUAAUGUGUCCCCAGAGUGUGGCUUUUAACUUCAGGGACAAUUACCCAGGGAACUAAUAACUAACCACUUGUUCAACAGCAAGUUAAGUCCAGCAGCUUUCUGGGUGGAGAAGUCACCAGUAAACAAAUGGUUAGUCAUUGCUAUGAUGUGAUUUUAAAAACACCUUGACCUUAACUUUUUUAUAUUAUUACUUUUUAAUCUCCUUUGGGGUUGGGGAGGCUGGCCAAAAUAAUUCUUAAAACUGCUUGUGUCAUAUUUGGGUUUUAAGUUCAUGAGUUUCAGAACAGCAAAGCCAUAUAUGGAAUGUUUUUUGCCAGUGAAUGUCUGAUUCUGAUUAAAAUAUAACCACCGUA